AUGUAUCAAGACAACAUCAAUCUCUGUAUCGUCUUGCUUGUCACACUCAUCUUCAUUACUACUAUCUCGGCACGUCGAUAUGUCCGAGUCCUCGCUUUAGAAUCGUUUAAUCGAAAGGAAAUUUAUUCCACACCGACGGCAAAAAAGAUCCACGGUCGAGAAAAUCACCUUACACCACUCAAAUCCAGAAGCUCGCAAAACGAAUCACUACAGCAAACAUUUGGAAUUCAAAAUGCUUUUACAAGUGCAGAAGAAGGAUACGUUAAGGAGUUCGUUAAGAUGUCGAGGGGUCUUGUCAACAUCUCGAGUGACAGCUGGGAUAUCAUUGCUUCAACGACUCAAGACGCCGUGGAGCGAUGGAAAAGCGAUGUCCAAGGUGCUUGUGAAUCUCGAUUUGAAGUUGAACUCGUACCUAUAGUGCAGUCAUUGACAUUGAACGCUGUUCUAACGGCACUUUUCUUCCUCAAGAAAGAAGCUGCCACCAAGGGUGUCCCAUUCAAAGCCCUUACUAAGCUGGCUAAGGCUAUUAAUGACUCGUGGAUUAUGUCAAAACAAAAGGACACCCUCAUAGCAUUUGAACAUAAUGAUCAAUUACGAACAGCUCUCAUUGAGGUAUUGCCAGAUGAGAAUAUCUCGAAUCCGCGCGAGAACCCGUUAAACUUGAUAUUGCCUGGUUUCGAAACUAUGUGGCGAAUCGUCUUACGAUGCUUUCUUGAGGUCGCGUAUAAAACAGGUAAAGCGCAUUCCAACUGGAAAGAAGCGCUUGUGAAUUACUCUGAAAAGCCUACGGCAGAGCAAUUCAAACGAGUCUUUUUACCGGACCGGGUAUCUGCAAACAGUCUGGUCAAAGAAGCACUUCGUCUUUACCCACCAACGAAACGGAUACAUAGAGCCUGGAGGGAAGCAAGUUCCCCUAAACCGAAGGAGGUCGCCGGGGAUAUUGAAGCUUGCCAUCUGUCGACGAGCAUCUGGGGACUAACAGCUGGACAAUUUGACCCUUCACGCUGGGAAAAAGUGACAAGGGAGCAAGAAGAAGCAUUUUUACCUUUUGGUUCUAAACCAUUCGAAUGCCCGGCGAAACCACUGUUUGGACCACGGCUAGUAGGUUUACUGGUUGGAACUUUACUGAGUGCAUUUUCACAUGACUUGACGUUGGUUUCAGUAUAUGGAGAUACGGUAGAAUUCGGAACGAAGAGACUCAACAACGAGAGGAGCGGAUGCUAUGAUUUGUAUCUAGAACUGGUUCGUAAUUAA